AUGGGCGACGUGCGGGACUCUCCGCCGAGGGAAAACGGCGUACUGGCCGGGGAUGCUCCUCCCCUGGCUCUCGAAUCGCGGUCGCUGAAUCCCCAUCCAUCGAAGAUCGGUGCCGAUAGCUGGCGGCUGGCUGAGCAGGCCGUGGAAGGGAUAAUACAGCGGAUCCAGCCCACCAGAGUGACCGAUCAAAGGAGAAGACAGGUUGUUGAGUACGUUCGCAACCUGAUAAAAGGGGUCGCAUAUGCCGAGGUAAUCCUUCCGUUGACGCCUUUAGCUUGUUUGUAUGUUUUUCUUUUUUUUGGCAUUAUCGCGGUUCACAAAGAACUGUAGUUAUAUCUUGUUUUCUCGUUGUUGAUCCAUUAGUCUAUUAGAUUCACUUUGUGUACCUCCUUGAGCUGCAUAUCCUAUUUUUAAUAGUUGUUUCUCGAGUUAGGCAUUUUGAUAUCUGAUUGAGUUUAGAUAUCUUUCUUGGAACGAACGGUACUCCUUUCUUCCAUCAUCUUCCUUCCUUCUGUGCUGAUUGAUUUAUUUAUUUAUUUCGCUUUGUUCAUGUUCAACUGUUCGAUUACGGUCGCAUAAUCGAAGGCUAACUGGAGGACAUUGCAAUAUAUUUUCGUUAUUCCCUCAUCCAAAUAAAAAUUUAUGUUGCAUUUUCUCCUACUUUGCUUCACUGAAUUGUAUGCUUGGAAGCUUUUCCUGUUGAUUUUUCGUCAUUGGAAUACUGCAUGGGUUCAGAGAUUAGCCUAAAGUAGUGCAAUCUCUUUGUGCUUUUUUACAACUUGGUAGAUGUCGGAUAAUAUCCCCCUGCAAUUCUCUCUCUCUCUCUCUUUCUUCCGUCCCUUCCUCCUCUUUGAUUUUAAUCAUCUCUUUCCCCGCUGUCUGUUUGCAUCUUCUCCCCCGCUUUGUCUAUCUAUCUGUAAAGCGCUUAGAUACAGUCCAGGUGCAAUCGAUGGUGGCCCCCAAUCUCUCUUAGUUUUCUAGAGUCAGGGGAGGAAGAUCUUCCUGAGAUUGCUCCUAACCUACCCGCCUCUCUCUCUCUCUUAACGGGCACCUUUCUCUUUCGCUGUCUUUAUCUCGUAAGAGGGAGAACCAAAUAUGAACUCCAGAAUCUACGCUUCCCAUUUGAUACCAUGUUUUAUCCUAAAGACAAGGCUCAUUGCGAAUGAUUCUUUUGGGUGAGAUCUAUUCCUCUCAAUCACUUUGGCAAGUCAAUCUGAUUUAUAAUCUAUUUAGAUGAGGUUCACACUUUGUCAAUGAGCUUUUCUGGUGAAGAUUUUAUUUCUCCAAAAUGAAACAUCAUUUUUGCAUGUAAAUGCCUAGAAUUGAACAGCGAAAUGCAUGGAUUAUUUUAUUAUCAUCAUAUUGUGUGAACGAAACCUUAUUCUUGGAUCGUGGAAAUGAAAUCUCAUGUUUGAUCCGAGGAGUUGUGUCACACAAAUGAAACCUCGUGUUCAUCUGCGAAUGCUUGGAUCAUGCAAAAUAUUUUCCAAAAACAUUCUUUAUGCAAUCUUCAUGUAAUGGUCUGCAGCAUAAACCUGUGAUAAUGACAUUAGAUAAUUGUUGAAGGCAUCAGGUCAUAAAUACGAAACACAUGUUACUGAGGCAAGUAAAACACAACUGCCUUCGUUUACUAUGAUCGUGAUCAGUAAUCAGUCUUCAAACUUUGAGUUAUGUUGCAUUGUGAAGGGUAUACUAGUGUUGUCCUCAUUCAUUUCACAUUUACCAUUUGCACAUGGCCAGACAAUGAUUAUUUGUAAAGAUGAUUCUACCUUAGACAUUCACUGACAGAGCUUUCAUACCUUUGAAAUAUGGAAAUUAGUUGUUUUUUCAUUAUACAUGCAGUGCUGAGCUCAUUGUCUUAUGUUCUGUUUGAAUAAAAAGCCUCUCCUAUUCUUUGGUUUUAUCACAUCGAUGUUUAUGUUGGUGCUAUAUGAUGGAGUCCCAAUGAACUCCAGGACUCCACCGAAGUCUAGAUGGUUUUCUCACGAGAGAGAGAGAAAGAGAAUGGGGAAGAUAAGAUGGGAUCCACGGGAUAAGAGUAGUCCAAGGCUAGGGACGGUGCCGCUCUGCAAUGUCGCCGGGGAAGGGAAACCUGGACGGAAACAGGAGGAGAGAGAAGGUCAAGAAAUCCCUUCUAAGGAAGGUGAGACAGCGAGGGUCACGUACCAGUUUCUGCCUGCCAGUCAAUCCUUAAUUCUGGUAUUUAUACCAUACUGGGGUAAACCAUCCGUGGGCCUCUCAUUGUUGGACUGGCGCCCGUACUUAUUGGGCCGGCGCCUGACAUACCACACCUUUGGUAUGUCAUCACUAUAUUCCGUAACUAUAGCCCAAACAGCAGCCUUAAUUGAACAAUUGCGAUGCAAGUUUACGCUGGGAAAUAUUGGUAAAUUGUAAUCCAUGCAAGCCAGAGUUCUAUUUUAUGUCAGCCAUCAGAAUUCUGCAGAUUGAGAACCUGCAUAAGCAUUGCCAAUUAAGUGUUUUUCUGUCUAUCUGCAGUUUUCACUGUGAUUAUACGUCUUCUUAGUUUAACAGGUCUUAUUUUUUCCUGUGAUUAUACUGCAUAUUUUGCUAGUACCUUCUUCUGAAAUUUGGUACUCAUCUUCACGAACCCCCCUUAGAAAAAAAUGAAAUUCAUGAGAUACAGUGUGGAGCUAUGGUUCAACACAGGGACAUAGGAGAGAGUAAAAGAAAAAAGGUGUUAAUAAUUUUCUCUGCACUUUGAGAAGAUUGAUUUAUUGUGCUGUCUUUUACCAGUAAAUCGUUACCAUCUUAUCUAUGAUAUUUCGUCAAUCUAACUUUUCUUGAAAAGAGAGAUACUAAACUUCUUGAUAUUAUCAUUCACGGGAACAUUGUUUUUUAUAACAGUGGUUUUCUGCCGAUAUUUAAAAGCUUAUUGUCUGUCUAAUCAGCGGACACUGUGAAAGAUCCAAGAAAUCUAAACCAUCAUAGGAGAUUUGAACGAAAAUAAUAGUAUCCAUGGGAAAACAUGAUGAGAAGAAUAGAUGUAAUAAGAAUACUAGCCUUUUGUGAACGUUCUAUUCACUGAUGUCUAUUUAUGCUCCAAAAGAAGAUAUCUGUAAAUAGAGCGAAUUUCAGUUCUAUAUAGGCUUUUAUGAAAAACACAUAUCUUUGGAAUAGAGACUCAGAUGUGGGAAUUCUGGCACGAAUGGAAAUGAGAAUGGAAAGAAGGGUAAGUGAAUUAUUCUACUAUCACAGCUAACCUUGCUCUGUCUAGAAAUUCUUUUGGGGCCAUGGUUAUUUCUAUCCAUUUAUCUUUUAAAUCGUUUGAUAUUGCCUUUAUCUUAAAUGGACGAUGCAAAUAGUUGUUAUCCAUUUUGUAUUGAAACUAGUUUUUGUAGGAGGGAUACGACCUUUUGUUGAAAUGGAAAAUUUAAAUGUUAACACGUCAUGUGUAUUGCACUUAUUGCCAGAUUUUCCCUUUUGGUUCUGUGCCAUUGAAGACCUAUCUUCCUGACGGAGAUAUUGAUUUGACUGCAAUUGAACCACCAAGAUCAGAGGAGUAUUUGGCAAAAGAUGUCCUAAAUGUCCUCCAAGCUGAAGAGCAAAACAGGAAUUCUCCGUUUGAAGUGAAGGAUGUGCAAUACAUUCAUGCUGAGGUGGCGUUAUAGUUUUCGAUUAUUUUAGCGAAUUGUACUCUGUUAGAACCUGAAUAUUUUUUUACAUCUCAUUUUUACGUUCUCUGUUUGCUAGCUGUCCUCAUUUUCUCUGUUAAAAGAGUCUUUAUAUUUGUCUGAGUUUGCCCGUACCUCAUGAGGAAUCAUUUGCAGAUUCUUAUAAGGUGAUCAGCAGAUAGUUGUCUUUAAAGUUGGGCUAAUAACUGGUGCUUUUGCGGGAAUGUUCUGUGUCUGGGAUCCAUCCCCAUGAAAAAUGGAGUUGUGGAAAUGGAGAAGUCGUAUGGGGAAGAUAUCUGUGGCGUUUUAGCUUUGUUGCUUAGUUGUUGUUCCAUGUAAGAAUCUAUGGUGCGAUUAUUUAUUACAAGCUCAUCUUUCUGUUAAGUCAGAUAUCUUCUGGAUUGGUUUAAGGGAUAGUUGAUUAUGUAGAAUUUUCAUUUCUUGAGGGUUCUUGUUGCUGAAAUAGUCAGCCAUUAGCUUCCCAUUAGUGAUUUGCACUCUGCUUGGUUUACAUCCUCCAGAUUUCAUAUCACUAAGGCAAAAUGUUCAGUGGUGGCAGUUUGUCAGGCUCUCCAGUGUCUUGUAUGGUGAUGCGAAUCUUUCAAGGUGGAGAAAAUUAAUUAUAAUGACGUUUAGGGGUUUCUUUUCAUACCUCAACAGGCUUACUAACAGGAUGAAAUGAGAUUGAUGUCUUUUGAUGCCCUUUUUUUAUUUAUUCUUGAAUCUUCUAUCGCAAAGAAGCUUUUUAAUGCGGCUUGUUAAUAUCCAGUUCUUUGUCUUUCACUUAUUUUCAAAGAAAAAUGUAUGUGUCAUAGCUAUUUUCCAGUAAUUCUCUUUGAAAGUUAUAGGCGUUGGGAACCAGUCAUAUAUUUAGAUGACAAGCUGAAGCAGACAGAAAUGGGCUGGAUAGAAACAGGAUUGUCUGCCCCUGUAUUACCUAUUCCUGCCAUUUUAAAUCCCGGAUCGGUUGCGUUUUCAUGCAUGCAGUCUGAAGCAAGCUUCUAUUUGGUUGUUGCAUGUGAGAACUCUCCAUGGCAUGCGAUUAGUAGGUUUUUUUGGGAAGAUGUUUGAACUACAUUGUACUGCUAAGAAUAAAUAAAUAAAUUUGGAUCGGACGAUUGUAGGUGUAUGAUCCCCUUGUGUACACCCAGUAUUCAGGAGCACAUCCCUGUCCUUUUAGAGUCUAACUCACACAAAACGCUAGGUUGGGAUGAAAUCGUCGCAUACACGGCUCCACCAAUUAGAAAUUGAAACUUUCUACAUUUUUAUUCAUGCAGGAAUUGAGGAUAUAGGGCACUUCAUGCUUCCGUGAGAGUACAUCCGACCUUGACUCGUGGGAUUACUCUUCCAAGGAACUCAAAAAGUUUCUUUGAAGUUCCCUUUGAAGCUUCUCUUUCCAUUCCUCCGCUUAGUCUAAGGCAGGCUCAUGUAUCACCAUUCUCUCUCUCUCAUGGCGUAUUUGGUUAGAGUUCGUUCACAACUCCUGAGGAUUUUUGAUUUGGUCGAGUUUUCUGUCCACUGUAGGCCAUAGUGCGUACGUAUUCUUGCCUGAAGUUUCAGAUGGUCAAUAAGAGAGCUUUUUGGGCUUCACCAUCAGACUUCCUUCCCCAUUAUAGAUAAUAUUGUCGCCCUCAUGCAGCAUCUCGUAUUUCCUGUUUUCUUGUGGUUUUAAAAUGUUGAUGCUUUAUAUUGAUUUUUUUGCUCCUGGUAUUAAGGAUGUCACUUUCUAUGGAUCCUGGUAUUGCUGUUAUGCUGUACUGAUAGUUUUCUGUCUUAAGUGUUCCUUUAUUUGGCUGCACUCUCAAAUGAUUGCAUGUGUUAGUAAUGAGCUCGCUGGAUAUAGUUACCUGCCGUUGUUGUGGAUCCUUAACACAUAGUAUUCUGUUUUCAUUCUAAUAGUGAAAUUCUGCCAUUCUGAUGUCCGAAUUUAGAUAUUGUCCAAGACUGCAUUUUUUUUCCCUAUUUUCUCCUGUCAUUUUUUCGGAGCUUUAAAUUUGUCCUCUUACGGUUUUUGGAAUUUUUUUUCUAGGUUAAACUUGUUAAAUGCCUUGUUCAGAACAUUGUUGUGGACAUCUCAUUCCAGCAAGUCGGUGGACUAUGCACACUAUGCUUCCUUGAAAAGGUAGCAGCCAACAAUUUUAUUUUUUUUUACCGAUUUAUCUCCCCUGUCAGUGGUAGCGAAACCUCCACGAUGAUAAUUUUUUUGUGUGCUGUGACAGGUUGACCGAAUCAUAGGCAAAAAUCAUCUUUUCAAACGUAGUAUCAUAUUAAUCAAGGCCUGGUGUUACUAUGAAAGCCGGAUCCUUGGUGCCCACCACGGUCUGAUCUCUACCUAUGCAUUGGAGACACUGGUCCUGUAUAUCUUCCAUGUUUUCCACCCAUCUUUGGAUGGUCCCCUGGCAGUGAGUAUUCUGCUAUAUGCAUCUUGAUUUAUUUAUUUAUUUUGUGUGCCUAUUUACGUGUUUUUUCUUCAUGAACGGCUGAAAUGAAUCGUAAAUCUACCUGCAUCUGACAUAAACAGUCUCCUGUGUCUAGGUUUUGUAUCGAUUCUUGGACUAUUUCAGCCAGUUUGACUGGGAUAACUAUUGCGUCAGUUUGAAUGGUCCUGUCCGCUUAACCUCCCUGCCAGAUACACCACGUAGGUUAUAUAUCAAGCUCUGUGAAAUCUACUUGACUGUGCCUGCUUGUUCUCUAGGUUGCUGAACCUUUCCUCUUCUUCAUUUUUUUCUAUCUUCCAGCCAAACCCACAGAAGCCGAUGGGGCUGACUUGCUGCUCUCCAGGGAUUUCCUCAAGAAAUGUGAGGACGAAUUUGCAUCUGCUUUCAGAUGGUCGGAUAAUGCCUCCAACCCUCGGUUAUUUCAUCGGAAGCAUCUCAAUAUCAUCGAUCCUCUCAAGGCAAAUAACAAUCUCGGUCGCAGUGUCAACAAAGGUGCGGAUAUUCAUUUACGGUGCAGUGCAGUCAUUUGAGUUCCAUUGUGCGUUGACUUCCUUUUAAUACGAUCAUAUGCAGGUAAUUUUUAUCGGAUACGAAGUGCUUUCACAUUCGGCGCUCGGAAGCUUGGGAGGAUACUCACGCUGCCUGAAGAGAGAACAGCUGAGGAGCUCAACAAGUUCUUCACGAACACCUUAGACCGGCAUGAUAGCGCGGAGAGAUCAGACACGCACUGUUUAUCUUCUGGCUCUGGUGAGUUCGAUUCUAUCUCUCUGGAAUAUGGUGUUCAGAGAAACCCUAAACGAGACACAGAGGAUCCCCCGGCUUCUUCCUCUGCAACAUUGGAUUUCCGGGGAGGGCUGUUCGAGGACAUCGUCAAGCUCAGGAUUUCCGAGCUGGGCGACCAGCGCCCUCCCUUCAACCAGUUUGCUGGAAAUGGAACGGAGGACCAUUCCAUUUCAGGCAUAAGUCCGGCAGGGGAUUCAAAGAGCGAUGUGGGCGGAUCCGGGGCUCCUGAAAACGAGGCUGGAGAUUCAUCGUCUCCCAAGAUUCAUCGUUCCUCCGGCAAACCAGACGGAAAUGUGUUAUGUGGCGAGCCGUCAGAGGUCCCUGAGGCUGUUGCUCCGAACGGCGAGGGUUUCGAGCCUUCUGACCUUUCAGAUCUCACUGGAGAUUACAACUCCUACAUGAGAAAUCUUCUGUGCGCUGUGGGCUGCCUCGAGAGGCACCCCCCGGCCUAUCCGUUCUACAGCAAUCACGGACGGGAUGCUCAGCAGAUGAAUCUGUUUCCGCACAUGAAUGCCGGUGGAAUUGUGGCAAGGCCAUUUUCUCCGGCCGGCUACUACCCAUUGGGCGCAGCCACCUUCAUUCCUGGUGCUUAUGCCUUAGAAGACGUCCCAAGGACCCGGGGGACCGGCACAUACUUUCCUAAUGUGGUAAGUUCAUUUUUUUUUACCUGAUCAGGGCUUUUCCAUGAGAAGACAGAACACUUUUGAUUCUUUUUAAAAAUUAUUAUGUUCUUGCAUCUUGUCGAUUUAAUUAAUGGGUUUAAAGUGUCGACUUAAUCAUGUAGAGCCACUGGACGCAUCGGGAGAAGCGAUUGCCGGGGAGGGGGCGGAGCCAACCUCAUCUUGGCCAACAGACGAUGAUGCCCAGGCCCUGGAACAACAGUCGGCACAUGGCGGUGGCGGCGGGGGAGAAGGCGAAUGGGGACAAAUUCGUCCAGGUGCAGCUCCCUCACUCCAAUGGCGGGUACGCUCGAAGGCGGCCCGCUCAAUUGGAUGUACCUCCACAGCAGCAGCAGCAGCAGCAGCCUUCAUCAAGCUCAAACCCACUGCUCGAGAACGAGUUUGAAUUUGGGUCCUUGGGGAACAUCAAAGUGGCGGCGGUGGCGGCGGCGGCGCCCGCCGGCACCCCCCCACCGGAGACCUCUCUUCCCGACGGCGAGAAGCUCAAGGAGAGCUCGGCCAAUGAAAGGUACUUACUAACUACUACUACUACAGUGGGGGGAACCCCUUGAUGUUGAAUGAAUACCCAUUGGUUUCAUCGGACGGUGGAUGGUGCAGGUCGGGGCAGGCGUACCAUCUGAAGAACGAGGAGGAUUUCCCUCCUCUGGGUGGUGGGUUGGUCCAGUGGAACAGAUGA